AUGCCCACAGAGGCGGCCGCCCUCACGCUCUUUGAGUGUGAGGAGAUGCGUCGACCCAUAAGUGGUGCCUCUGGGUGUUUCACUGAGCCACCCGGCUUCCUUGACCUUCCUUCGCUCUCACCGUUUGUUUCGACCCGGCGGGCUGCGAGCCAUAUCCGCCGUGUGUCCUGGCCUCUGAGCCGGCUCAACAUCGAUGAACGCUAUGCGUGA